GAACAGCGUGGAUCGGACUACGUCGAACUCUAGUUGGGCUCCGCGCCCGCCUCUGGCCAUUCUCAUCUCUCCGGGAUCCUUUGUUCGUCGAAGUCGUAGAUCUGGUUAGCUUUUGAUCCAUCAGUCGUCGCCUGGAGGUGGUGGUGGUGGUGGUGGAUUGGAGGAGAUCUUUGCAUGGCUCAGUUGCAGGCGAUUGGGGCCUGUUCUUCUUCGAAGAUUUCGUUUCAUCGACCGAGGAUUUGUGGAACACCCGCCUAUCGGGAUAACAUAUGCUACUUUAAGAAGUCCAACUUCCACCUGGAGGUGGGUGCAAGGUCAAGUGGGUUCUGCGGCCAUGUGAACAUUAACCAGAAUUCGCGACAAACAUGUGUUACUGGGAACAAAGAUAUUCAGUUUGUACUUGCUGAUGAAAAAGGGACAGAUCCGACACUUUCUGGAAAAACUGAUGUUUAUGGCAGUCAUAAUGGUAGCAGAUUGCGUGGAAAGUUGAAUAAAGUUGUUUUAGCUUACAGCGGUGGCUUGGAUACAUCAGUUAUUGUUCCAUGGCUAAGGGAGAACUAUGGAUGUGAAGUUGUUUGCUUCACUGCAGAUGUUGGUCAAGGUGUCAUGGAGAUGGAUGGCUUGGAAAGAAAAGCCAAAGCCAGUGGUGCAAGUCAACUUGUUGUCAAAGAUCUAAAAGAGGAAUUUGUUAGAGAUUACAUAUUCCCCUGUUUGCGAGCUGGGGCUGUCUAUGAAAGGAAGUAUUUGCUUGGGACCUCGAUGGCUCGCCCUGUUAUUGCUAAGGCAAUGGUUGACGUUGCUAGAGAAGUUGGUGCAGAUGCAGUCUCACAUGGAUGCACAGGAAAAGGAAAUGAUCAGGUUCGAUUUGAACUUACCUUCUUCGCUUUGAAUCCUGAACUCAAAGUUGUGGCACCAUGGAGGGAAUGGGAGAUCACAGGUCGAGAAGAUGCUAUUGAGUAUGCCAAGAAACACAAUGUUCCUGUUCCUGUUUCAAAGAAAUCAAUUUAUAGCAGAGACAGGAAUCUAUGGCACCUUAGCCAUGAGGGAGACAUUCUGGAGGACCCUGCAAAUGAGCCAAAGAAGGAUAUGUACAUGAUGACCGUUGACCCAGAAGAUGCGCCUAAUGAACCUGAAUAUGUGGAGAUUGGCAUCAAUUCAGGCAUGCCUGUUUCCCUCAAUGGAAAGGAGCUCUCCCCUGCAUCCCUUCUCUCUGAGCUCAAUGAGAUUGGUGGUAAGCAUGGGAUUGGACGCGUGGACAUGGUCGAGAACCGGCUGGUUGGCAUGAAGUCCCGCGGCAUCUACGAGACACCUGGUGGCACCAUCCUGUGGACAGCAGCCCGUGAACUUGAAUCCCUGACACUUGACCGGGAGACCAUGCAGGUGAAGGACAUGCUUGCGCUCAAGUAUGCCGAGCUGGUGUAUGCCGGCCGCUGGUUCGAUCCUCUCCGCCAGUCCAUGGAUGCCUUCAUGCAGAAGAUAACACAUACCACAACUGGAUCUGUGACUCUCAAGCUCUACAAGGGGUCGGUCAGCCUUGCAUCACGGAAGAGCCCAUAUAGCCUGUACAGGGAAGACAUCUCAUCAUUUGAAAAUGGCCUCAUCUACAACCAGGCUGACGCUGCUGGCUUCAUCAGGCUGUAUGGGCUUCCUACCAGAGUCCGGGCAAUGCUUGAGAGGGGCAUCUGAGUGUUUCUUCUCCUCCUGCCUGUGGGAAUCAACUAGUGCAAGCACAGCAUAUUUUGUAGGCUUUAAUUCAUAAGGUCCUCCUUGUUGUGCCAUUAUGUAGGCACAGUAUAUUCUGAAGUUUUCUGUCAGACGCUGUGCAAGAUCUGAUGGUAGGAUUAAAUAAGGUCGUUGAGUGUUGUGGUUCAUUUUUUUUUUUUCCCCUCUCUUUCAAUAUGCAAGGGAUGUGGAAAAUGGAUGCUGCAACAAGUGAUAUGAUGUGAUGGACCGGUAGUGAGUGGCUCAAUUAUUUUAUGGCUUGUUGGUAGGUUUCUUUCAUGGAUGAUAACCUCAAGAGCUGUAUGUGGUCCAAAUAUAAUCAUCCAAAUCUGUCAGAUUGUUGAUAGAGAGGUAUGUGUCCAUUGUCUGGUAGGCCGGGUACUGCUGAGUAGCAUUAUUGUUUGUGCUAAGUUAGCUACCAUUCUCUGGAUGAAAGGAAAGGAAGAUGCUUAAAGCUGCAUCAGUCGGUAGCAAUUUUAUCUAUCUCUCACAUCUUUGUUCUGGCCUAUUGGUGGAGGAUGGUUAUCCCAGGACUAAGAUUUCCUGCCAUCCGGCACUUGUUUCAUGAAAGUGUAUCAGGAUAAGCAAUAAUUACGGAAUAAACUGUAGCGUGAAAGGUUGA